AUGGCCCAGGUCAAGCCAGACCCGGAUGCUAUGUACAUCAAGCCCGAUCCUGAUAGCAAGGAGGCUAUUCUUGCAGACCUAGAAGAUGAAGAUAUCUACGAAGAUGCGGGAGAUCUAGACUUCUCGGCCUCAGCACAGAAUGUAUGGCUCUCACGACUGCCACAGCAGCUGUGGGACCAUUGGGCGACAAUCGAUGAGAAUGCGGACGAUGACGAGGAGAUUGAGAUUGGAACAAUAAGGAUAGAAGGUGAACCAGGGGAUCUCAAGCGGGUCAGCUUGCGACUCCACAAACGAGAGGGUAAUGAGGACAUUCCCAAGGACUACACCCUGCAAAAACAAUCCAUGUCCACAAAUGCGGCCCACAUGACCCAAAAUACCUUUGUUUUCACAGAAAAGGAUAUCCCCGGAGCUGAAAAUCGCUUGGCGUCCUUUGGAGAGAAGCGCUCAGCCUUGUACGAAGCUAUGAAGCGUGACGCGCGGAGGAGGCAGCAAGGCAAAAAAUGGGAGCCCUACGUGCGGAAGACAGUUCCAAAACAAACGGCUCUGGUCGGACAAGUGAGCGAGGAGUUCAACCUUUUACCCGUGGAGAAUGAAGAAUUGCGACGUAUUUCCGAAAAAGCAGCCGUCGAAGCCAUGAAACCGAAAGAAAAGGUUCAAUACAUCGACGAUAUCAGCCCCGAUAUCACCAAUGCCGCUAUUCUCCUGCCUACGAACAAGGGUCACUUUGUGCAACAACUCAAAUCGGUCAAGGCCAAGGCCCAAGAGAACAAGUCUAUCCGUAUCCCGCAAAACGAGUUGUUGGAUCGUAUUUUCGAGUGCUUCAGAGAAUUCCGCUACUGGCCUUUCAAAACUCUCAAGGCCAAGCUUAAACAGCCUGAGUCCUAUCUCAAGGAGACUCUGGAAAUGGUUGCCCACCUGGUCAAGGCGGGUGACUUUGCCAUGACAUGGGAGCUUAAGCCUGAGGCUCAGCAUGCUAACUACGCUUCCAUGUCCUAUGACAAUGUCAAGGAUGAGAAACCACCAGACAUGGAUGACUAUGAUGAGGGUUCGGAGGAGGAUCCUACCGUCUCGGGCAUGGUGACGGAUCAUGACUAA